UAGCUUUGUGCUUUACCAAUUGGCAAUUUGGUUGAAAACCUCUCAUCUUUGCUUCUUUCUUCCGCUUCUCUCAACUUUUGCUUGUAGCUGAGCCCACCUGAGGCUCAGAUUACCAACAACAUUGCAUAAUGGGAAACGCCUUUAGGCUUCUUUACGGUCAUUGCUGCAAGCCCACCACCACAGACUCCGAUUCUCUUGGCCCCCACGGCGUUUCCGCCGCCACUGUCGGCGUUUCGGCUCUCGCCCACGAUCUCUUCCACUUUGAAAACACCGCCCAGGUCCCAGAAGGACUGAAUCAGCAUGUAGUUUCAUCCAAGAAAGCUCAAGCUAACUGGUAUAGAAAACUAGUUGAGAGCUGGCGAGAAGCGAGGCCGCCACCAAUAACAGCUGAAGAAGCAGCUAGGCUUGUUAUUCAAACCCUCAAGAAUCACCAAAAGGCUGAUGUUGAGGGAUUAUUGGCUUUCUAUGGUCUCCCUCUUCCUCAUACACUGGUCCAACUUUCGGCUGGGGUCCCAACUUCAUUGCCUCAAGGAGUAAAGUUUGAAUUCCAGACACUACCGAUUGAUGCAAAAGCAGUUCAAGAUGGCGAUUCAGUGACAGUCUAUGUAAGUACAGCAGAUCCCAGGGAGUCAUCAUGUGUUCCGAGCGAGGUACAGAUGGCGGCCAUCCAAAGAUCAAAAGCUCGCGAGAAGAAGAAUUAUACCAAGGCAGAUGCACUUCACAAAAAGAUCACUGACGCUGGAUACCGGGUAUUGCAAUUUCAAAACGAGGAUGUCCUUGCACGAAAGUAUAGGAUUCGACUGAGGGGUAUAGAUGCACCAGAGGGUAAAAUGCCUUAUGGAAAAGAAGCCAGAGAUGAGCUGGUUAAGCUUCUUCAGGGAAAGUGUUUGAGGGUCCUUGUCUAUGGGUUAGAUCGUUAUGGCCGUGUUGUAGGUGACAUAUAUAGCAAUGGCAUAUUUGCACAGGAAGUUAUGCUGAAGAAGGGUUGUGCAUGGCAUUACACAGCCUAUGACCAACGCCCGGAACUUGCAAAAUGGGAGAGAGAAGCUCGAGUGAAGCGAGUUGGGUUAUGGGUUUCAUCAAACCCUGAGAAGCCAUGGGAAUGGAGAAAAGAUAGACGUGAAGGCAGAUGAUCAAUUACUGACAAUUGUAACUUAUCCAAACCACGUCUACGGACGUCUGAAUGGAAAAAUUACAAAGACACGAGAUUAUGUCUUUAGUGCUGGAUGGAAGGUCUGGUGAAGAAUAUCUUUUGUAGUAUAUGCAAGUGUUGUAAGAGUAAUAUCCAUCUCAGUGGGUGUACAAAGUUACAAACAAUGAACUGUAUCUAGAGUGAGUUGUGUAUGUGAGUUGUGUAUUCCUGCC